UCUAUGGUUGGAUAGCUUUCUGUCUCCACCAGUUGUCAGGGCAACGAUGACCAAACUCAUUCAUAUGGUUGCUAUGACAAAAUUAUCCAUCUAUUUGUUCGUUAAUCUGAUUACCUCCACAGUUUAUAGUUAGCGUUUUCCCCACCAGACGAAGCUAGUGCGGGUCACUAAUCAUCAGAUUUGCUUCGUCAGUCAAUCUUAGUAGUUUUGUGCCCCCCACCCCCCUCGACCCCCUACCCAAUGUCACUAAGUAUGGACACAUCCAGUGAGUCGGAUUCUUACGACAGGGUGCGGGGUCACAGGCCUAGGGGUCGUGAAGCCCACCGUAGACCUGGACGGGACAGGGGCAGAGGAGGAGGAGAUGGAGGAAGUGAUGGUCGAGCAGCAGGAGGAGGAGGAGGAGCAGACAUGUCCCAGAAGAUCAGCACACUGGCGAGCACUUUACAGGACACCAGUAAGAACUUGACCAAAGUGGACCGGAUGCUGGGUCAGUACAGGGAUCAUACAGAUGAUCAGGCUGAAGCCAUGGCGUUGCUUAGAGAUAACCUGGAGCAGUCGAUCAGUCAGCUUCAGUCGCACAGGCUGGGCAGAGUCAAUGGUGCUCGAAGUGCCUCAGCCUCCACCCUUCACACCAGUGACCUGGAAGCCGGCUCGGGAUCAGAUGGCCAGCGUUUCUACCCUACUUCUCCACUGAGGGAUUAUGCAGACACUCCAGGAAGGAGAAGGAGAUCACAGUCUGCCGGGGUACGCUUCAAGGAUGCCAGCCUGACAGGAGAGGAAAUUCACACUUUGCACCAGUCCCUGAGGGAUCUGCAUUGUGACCAGGAGAGACUGGCAGGUGACCUGGAUAGAGAAAUCCUCAGGAGGAACAGGUCGGAUAUUGACACCAGGAAAGCGAUGGAGAGCCUCACUGAGCACAUGACAACUUUCCCGAGACAGGACCCAGUGUCAUCUCGUGUGGAGCGCCGUCUGCAGGAGCUGGAGAGAGAGAUGCACACUGAGCAAAGGAGCACGGAGAGAGAGAGAAGGCCUGAUCAGCGGGUGGCCAUGUCUGACGAGCUGCAGGAGACUUUAGGGAGACGAAGAGUCCAACACCAUGAGAGAGAGGAAGCCACAACUACCAGACUACUGAAAGCAGACAGAGAAAAGUCCAAGAUGGAGCAGGAACUGGAAAGAGCUCGGAGACUACUAGAACAGUCAGAGGACAACAGACAAGCCCUCUUUCAUCAGGUGGAGGACAUGCGUGAUGAGCUGCUGAGGAUGAAGAAGGAGAAGACUGAGCUUCAGAGGGCCCGGCUGGAGACUUCGCAGCCCGCUGCUCAGCCACAUGGCAACCACACUGACAGGGAAGAGAGAAGAAAUGGACUGCGAGGGCCAGAUCGUUCAGACCUGGAAAGAGAGGUGGCAGAGCUGCGAGUCCAGCUGUGUAAGGCCUCAGUCCAAAGUGAAGUGGAAGAACUGAAGAGCACUCUGGACCGCAAGGAGAAGGAGAGAGUCCAACUCAGCUUACAGGUGGAGGAAUUGUCAUCAGAUCUGGCACGGCGGGAGCAGCAGCAGCUACGAAUGCUGGAACAAUUGAGGGAGAUACAGAGCCGAGGGCAGGCAGAGAGGAGAGAGACGGAGGCGUUACUCCUAGAGAGCAAGAGAAGCAGAGAUGAAUUGAAGACCAGGGCCCAAGAGGCUGUGCGCCAGUGGAGGGCAAAGUGCAAGAGACUGCAGAAGGAGCUGGAGGAAGAGCGAGCCCAGGCUCACUUCCAUACUGACAAGGCCUCGCAGGCAGCAAGAGAAAAAGAGAGCUCUCAGGCCCAGCUGAAGGCGCUGAGCCAGCAGACUGAGGCAGCCCGCAGGGAGCUCGCUGAAAUCCUAGCCCGUUUUGCCCAGCGUGAAGAAGAGCUCCACCGCAAGGAUGUGGAGCUGUCCGAGACCCGCCAACGCCAGUUGUCAUUGGAGCAGGAAAUCCGGGAGGUGAGGGAGGCCUCAGCUACCCUGGAGGAGGAAAAUCGAUGUCAGGCAGCCAUCAAGGCAAGACUGAAGGAAGACAAUCAGAGGCUGGAGGAACAAGCUGACACCCAAGCCCGUCGCUGUCAGAGAGAGCAGAACAUGCAGGCUGAGGUUCAAGCCGCCCUGAAGCAGAUGACCUCAGCCCACGCCCAGCUAACCCAGCAGUUGGCUGAGGAGGAAAGGUCUAAAAAGGAGCUCAAGAAGAGCUCCUCUGAACUACAGGCCAAGCUUACAGUGGUUCAGGAGGAGCGGGCCACGCUGGGGAAACAGCUGCAGCUCGAGAGAGAGGUGCAUCAGAAGGAACUGGUCAACAUGAAGGCAAUGAUGGAGGACAGUAGGACUAAGAAGGACCGCGAGAUGCAGGGCAUGCUCAAGCUCUGCUGUCAGGAGCGGGAUGAAAUCCAGGCACACCUGAAGGAGGUUAAAGCAGAUGCAGCGUCAGACAAGGAGCUGUGUGGGGCUCUGCGCAUCAAGUUGGACAGAAUGAAGGAUGAGUGUGAUAAGCUAGCAGCACAGCUGAGCACAAAAGAGGAGGCACAUGCACUUCUCCACAGAAAGUACCAGCUACUCAAAAAGGAACUGGAUGAAAAAGUCAGGUCAGGUGAGCGGAGACGUGCUUCGGAGUCAGAGCUCGUUAAGCUGGAGGAUAAGGUGAUGCGGAUGGAGGCAGAACAAGAGGCAGUUCUUACCUCCAUGGGUGAGGAACUCGAUGGAGCCUGCCGCAGCCUGGCUAGGAAUGGUGAAGACAAAUUACAGGCGAUCUCCCAGAAACCCGGAUUAGUAAAAGACCCCCACCGCUGGCUAGCUGAGACAAAGACCAAACUACGCUGGCUGUGCGAGGAGGUGCGGGAGCGCGACACCAGAGAACAGAGCCUGAGGAAGCAGCAUCAGCAGACCAGAGAUCAGUUGAAGGCCCUCAGGCAGAGCCGGGACACAGAACAGGCGGCUCUCCUGCGGCGCCUGGACCAACAGGAGAAACUGCUACACUCCCUCAGCACUGAAAAGAAAGAGCUGCUAGAGAGGACUCGCAGGAAGGAGGAAGAAAUGAGGAGCCUUCAGGACCGCGUUUUGGAUCUGGAGAUGAACACCAGAGUAGCCUUGGACCACUUGGAGUCAAUCCCAGAGAAACAAUGUCUGAUGGAGAACUUCAAAGAUUUGGAGGAGUCACAGCGGCAGAAGGAGUUGGUCGAGCAGCGCUACAGCAAAUACAAAGAAAUCGUCUGGGGCCUGCAGCACCAGCUGGAUGAGUCCAAAUGCAAAAUUCAAGAGUACAGAGAUGAAAAGUUGGACGCUACUUCCAGGAGCCUGAGACUGGCUGCUCUUUCUUCUUCCAUCAAAGGGCCCGGCACACUCCUCAGCAGCUCGCGGAGAUCUGACACACUGUCGCCAAACAAACGACUGACCACUUCAGAUUUGGGAGAGUCCUCGGUCAACAGGGACAAACUGCUCACAGAUUAGCUCAACCUCAAGUGAACCUUUUUAUCUGUAUCUCUACAAAAAACCCCAAAACACACGGUGCUUCUACCUGUCUGCUGCUCAACCAGAACAACAACAAAAAAAAGCAACUUGACUGUCGUAGGAAGGUCUUGCACUCAACACUAAUCCUCCCCCACUACCUCAACCGAGCAAUCGCUGAAGGUGCUCAAGAGCUAAAAAAAAAGAAAAAGAAGGAUAAAACUGAGAUUUCAUAGCUAACUUUAAGGAGGAAUGGAGGAAAUACAAGUUUUGACACUGUAAAAAAAGGAAGAUAUACUUUAAAGUGUUUGAAAUGUUAUUUAUA